AUUAUCGAUAUUUUAUUUAUACAUAUAAGCCAGCCCUGGUUGAAAACACACGUGCGGCAAAAAUAUUUGUGUGGCACGAUUUACGUUAAAUAAAGUCAAUUUAUCUAGCUAACCAAAAUGAGUGAUGAUGAAUCUAGUGAUGGCUUGGAAGACCUUAAAGAACUGAUGGCCGUGUAUGCCAAGCAUGAAGAUAAAGCACAGAACACCCGUUCAUCUACAAUAAAGAGAGAUAGAGAGGAGGCGGAAUAUGUCGAGGUGCCUACUGAAAAGUUGAUAUUCGGUGAUAAGCAGGCAUUUCUAACCAACUUGGCCAAAUCAGUGGGUAAAAAACGCAGGAAACAAGACAGUGUUAACAAAUCAGAAGCUGAUGAGGAUGAAGAGAAGACCGAAGAAUCUGCAAAGAAACGGAAGCCAGCCUGGACAGAUUCCGACGACGAAGACAUUGAAGUGGGUGAUGUGAAGCGACGCACACGACACACCGGUCCAUUAACACAUUUGCGCAAAGACAAAUCCUACAAGGAAUAUCUUAUAUCACGCUUUCAACGCGUCAUCGAACAGCCAAAGUGGGCAUCACUCGAACGAAAGCAGAAGGAGAAAGGCGAUGACUCCGAUGACUCAGAGGAGGAGCAGCUGCUUAAAACCGUAGGUUUUAUUGAUCGCGAAGCCAAGUCAAAAGAGCUGCCUCCCAAAACGUUGCGAUUUAAACGAGCACGGGACUUAAAUCGUGCCACCUACAGCGAAGGAGUUGUCACAAGCAUACAAUUCCAUCCGACUAGCACAGUUGCUUUGGUGUGUGGCGACAGCUGUUUUGCCAAUCUAUAUAGUGUGGAUGGUCAAAAGAACGAGAAGCUGCACAGCAUACGCUUCAAAAGAUUUCCACUCACCUGUGCACGCAUCGCACCGUGUGGUACGAAGGCCUUCUUUGGUUCGGUGCGUCCUUUCUACUAUGCAUAUGAUCUGUUGGAGGCAAAAGAAACCAAAUUGAAACUGCCCGCCAAGAUGAAUCAUUUGCGUUGCUUCGAAGUCUCCCCAUGUGGCAAAUACAUUGCCACAGCUGGCAAAUUUGGCGCCAUCCAUCUGCUGACCAGCCAUACGAAUGAGCUGCUUCACAGUUUCAAGCAGGAGGGUGAGGUGCGUGGCAUGUGCUUUACAGCGGACUCACAGCGUUUGUUGUGUAGCAGCUCUGGGUGCAAUGUGAACGUGUUGUCGCUGCGACAGAAUUGCAUUGAGCAUGCUUUCAUUGAUGAUGGCUGCGUCAAUGGCAGUUCGAUGCAACUGGCGCCCAAUCAACGUCUUUUGGCAACGGGCAGUAACGAGGGUGUGGUCAAUGUUUAUGACUACGAAAGCAUCUACAAGUCGACGACACCGCAGCCAGAAAAACGCUUCAUGAAUCUGCGCACAGCGAUUACGGAUCUACAAUUCAAUCAUACAUCGGAGCUGCUGGCUAUGAGCUCACUUCAGGUACCAAAUGCCAUGAAGUUGGCACAUUUUCCCAGUGCUACGGUCUAUGCCAACUUUCCGGAUCAACAGGACCAGUUGGGCUUGGUCAGUACCAUGGCCUUUUCGCCUCAUAGCGCUUAUUUGGCCUUGGGCAGCAAGGGCAAGAAGGCGCCCCUGUAUAGACUUAAGCACUACAGCAGCUAUUGAUUGAAUGGGUUAUAUAAAAUAGUUCGUAAAUUUACAAUACUUUUUUGUAUAUUAAAAUGAUAAAUGAUAAUACACUGUUCUUAAUUUU